AUGCAGUCCGACGACCUCUUCCUCCGCAAGAUGCGAGGCCCCUCGGCUCGGCCACCCCCAACCUCCGCACCCCCCAGCGCGGCCGCGGGGACCCCAUUGCCGCCCACAUCGCCGGGGGGAGCCGCCCCCAUGCAGCGCAGCAGCAGCGAGGCGGCCCUUGGGGGGUCCCCAGAGGAGAAGGGGUCUCCGGGGAUGGUGUCCCCCCGGGCCCGCACCCAGAGCCACGAGGAGGCGGCCGGGGGGGGCGUCCCUACAUCCCCCCGCUUCCGCGACCCUCUGCUGCUGUUGGGACUUGCGGCCGGCGGGGGUGACCCCGAUUUUUUCCCCCGCCCCCCCUGGAACCCCCUCCUCGCUCACUACGACGUGCAGAGCAUCCUCUUCGACCCGGCCGAGCCACCCCCGGUCGACCCGGGCCCCACCUCGGGGGCUUCCGCUGCCCACCUGGAGCCCGAGGAGCCCCCUGGGCCCCCCGGCGCUCCUUCCGACCCUGAGGCCCUGGUGCUGAGCUGUCCCCGCUUCUGCUGCGAGACGGGGGGGGAGCAGGAGCCAGGGCUGGGCCCCCCCCGCGGCCCCCCCGGGCCCGGGCAGCUGCCGAAUGCAGCUGUGGCGGUGCUGGAGGAGCCCCCGGCGGGGGCGCGACCCCCCCACCCCAUCGAGCACAGCGACGACGGCGCCGAGUACUAUCGCAAGUACUUCUAUGGGAAAGAGCACCAGAACCUGCUGGGUGAGGACCCUCGGCUGGGGCCUGUGGCCGUGUCCCUGCGGCGGGAGGAGAAGGAGGGACCUCGGGCCCAGGUGCUGCACAGGAUCAUCCUGCGCACCUGCCAGCCACGGACGCUGCGGGGGUCGGUUCUGGAAGAGGCGCUGCCCCCUGGAUCUCGUCCCUCUGGAGUGCGGGGGGUACCCCCCCGGAAGUUGCUGGAGCUGGUGCUGCCCGGGCUGGCAGUGGGGGGGCUGCGCCUCGCCCCCUCUCCCGCCGUGCAGGAGACCCUCCUCAAGCUGGACGAACAGGGGGUGAGCCGGCAGCGCAAGGUGGGGGUGCUGUACUGCCGGGGGGGGCAGGGCUCUGAGGAGGAGAUGUACAACAACGAGGGGCCCGGCCCUGCCUUCGAGGAGUUCCUGGCACUGCUGGGCACCCGCGUGAGGCUGCGCGGCUUCGGGGGGUACCGGGCACAGCUGGACACCCGCACUGACUCCACCGGGACCCACUCGCUGUACACGACGUACCAUGGCUACGAGGUGAUGUUCCACGUGAGCACCAUGCUGCCCUUCACCCCCCGCAACCCCCAGCAGCUGCUGAGGAAGCGGCACAUCGGGAAUGACAUCGUGACAAUCGUGUUCCAGGAGCCGGGGGCACGGCCCUUCUCCCCCCGUGCCCUGCGCAGCCACUUCCAGCACAUCUUCAUCGUGGUGCGGGUGCACGAGCCCUGCACCCCCCACACCGCCUACAGUGUGGCGGUGGUGCGGCCAGAGGAGACCCCCCCGUUCGGGCCAGCGCUGGCGGCAGGGCAGCGUUUUUUGGGGGGCGCGGGGCUGCGCCCGUUCCUGCUGGCCAAGGCCAUCAACGGAGAGAACGCGGCGGCGCGGGGGGGCCGCCUGGGGGCCAUGGCCGCACGCACCCGCCGCCAGUACCUGCAGGAGCUGCUGCGCGCCCACGGCGGGGGGGCCCCGCUGCCUGCGCCUCCCCGGGGGCUGCCCGCCCUCGGGGCGCGCCGCCGGGGGAGCGCGGGGAGUGCGGGAGGCGCGGCGGUGGCGGGGGCACUGGUGUGGGGGGCACGCGCUCAGGGGGGCCCCGAGGGGGCCGAGGUGCCGUGUCUGCUGGGGGUAGCGGCGGAGAGGGUGGUGGUGGUCGCCGCGCCAGCCGGGGUGGUCACCAACCAGUCCGCGUGGCUCACCCUCAACCCAGGGAAUCUGCCCCGUGACCAGGGGACGGUCGCCCCCCACCCACGGGCGAUCGCCCCCCAGCCGGGGAAGUUUCCCCUAAACCCGGGGGUGCUCCCCCCCCACUCAGGAACGGUCGUCCCCCACCCAGGGACGGUCGCCCCACAGCAAGGGGAACCCCCACGUAACGAGGGGAUGACCGCCCCCCCCUCAGGGGACGCUGCCCCCUACCCGGGGACAGUCGCCCUCCCCCCUGGGGUGCUGUUCAGCUGCGCAUGCCGGGACGUGCUGGGCUGGGGAUUCGCCGAGGGGCGACUUGAGAUCUUCUAUGGGGCGGGCGACUGGUUGGGGCUGCGACUGCCCCAUGGCGCUGCCCCACAGGUGGUGGCCAGGCUUCAGGCGGUAACGCGGGGGUGCGAGGCGCGGGAGCUGGCGCUGCCACGGGGGGCCGGGGGCCGCCGGGGGUUCCGCGUGGACGCCUCGGGGGUCGUGACGGCCGUGACGCGGUUCUCGUUCGCCGAGACUGCGGGGCUGCGGCCCGGGACGCGGCUGCUGCGCGUGGGACACCGCCCGCUCCCCCACGGGGACCCCCGGCUGCUGCGAGCGCUGCUGCGGCACCCCUCGGGCCCCCUGACGCUGCUGCCUCCCGAUCGCGACGGGCGGCCCCGGCUGUGCGUGCAGGACACGGGGCUCGAGCGGGGUCCUGGGGGGAAUCGGGGGGAGCGGGAAACAGGGGGGAUUGGGGUUGGAAGGGUAAUGGGGGGCAGUGGGGGGAAACGGGAGGCAUUUGGGGAAAUAGAGGAGGUGGGGCCAGUGAGGGGGAUUGGGGACGGGGGGAGGCAUGGGAAGAUUUGGGGCGCACAGGGGGCCUUUGGGGACAAAGUGGGGGAUUGGGUUUGA